AUGUGCUCCCAUUUCCCCGCUGGUUGUGCCAGCAGUGAAGUGAGCGUGCUGCUGCAGCUGAAGGCGGCGUGGGGCACGUGGGCGGGCAACAGCAACGCCACCACGGCGUGCUCUGCAUGGACUGGCAUCACCUGCAGCCCCAGAGGACUCGUCGUUGCCCUGGGUGGAAGGUUAUUCUCUGAACUGGAUCCUCCGGCCAAUGGCUCCAUACCUGCCUCCAUCACCACUCUCGCCGCUCUGCAAUAUCUAGAUCUGACCUACAACAUCGAUCCGGAGGGGCCCAUUCCAUCCCUCGCCACUCUCACCGGCCUCACCCACCUGCAACAGGCUGACUGGCACUCUGGAAGGACUGGCUUGGCUCUCCUCCCUCACCAACCUGCAAUCUCUGGGUCUAGUGAGCUUGGUGGAAUUCACUGGGGACUUGUCCUCCCUGCACAUCCUGUCUCACCUCAAAAGCCUUCAGCAGCUGUAAGCAUCAUUGCAGUUCAGAACCUGAAUGUAGACGAUCCACACUCACAGCGGCAGGGGCGAUUGCUGAAUGACGACAUCUCUCACCUCGCAGCACUCACCAGCCUGUCCCUCCACGGAAACAACCUGGAAGGCUACCUGACCAAUAGCUGGACGAGUCUGGUCCAUCUGCAACAGCUAAACUUGGGAGCCAAUAAGUUUCAAGGAACAAUUCCGGCAACAUUCUCCGCCCUGACAGAGCUAACUGCAAUAGACCUUUCGUAUAACCAACUGUCUGGCACAAUACCCCCUGCAUUUGCCACCAGCGUCCAGUCAAUAUUGCUCGGCUACAAUAACUUCAGUGGGCCCAUUCCACCACAGCUGGGGGAACUACCCUACCUCGCCGAACUUCAACUAUCCCACAAUCAGUUCACAGGAGCCAUCCCCACCACCUUCACUCGUCUCAGUGGGAUGUAUCGUCUAGACAUUUCGUCCAACAAUCUCACCUCAGGCCUUGACGUGGUGGCUCAGAUGCCAUGGCUCAACGAGAUAUGGAUUGCUAACAACAGCUUCUCCGGUGUGAUUCCAUCGUCCUUCACAGCAAUCAGUAGCCUCUUCAGCCUGGAUGUUGGAAACAACCAUUUCAUCGGAACCUUCCCGGGUUUUAUUCUGCAACAGGAGUUCCUUUUUUUCUUGAACUUGGCCAACAACAGUUUCACAGGGACCAUCCCCCACGAAUUGACCAAGCUCGUCCGCCUGGGCCACUUAUAUCUCAAAAACAACAAUUUUCAUGGAGCUAUCCCAUUCGGCCUGCUUCGGCUACCCAAGUUGUUCUGGCUGGAUGUAUCUCACAACUCUCUUUCUGGGGAACUCCCAAGGGCUCUCACGGUCUCACAGUCUCUUCACAUGCUUGGCCUGGGAGGGAAUGGCUUCACGGGCUCCUUACCAGACUUCUCACGCUGGAACGUCAGCUGUGAACAGAUAAAUCUCAGCGGCAACAACCUCACAGGGUCGAUUCCCGACUCCAUCUCCACCCUCACCUCCCUCAUUGGCUUUUUUCUCAACAACAACCAGCUGACAGGCACCAUCCCUUCAGCCAUCUUCACCAUGAGGAAUCUGACGUACAUCUACUUGGCCAACAACCAUCUGACUGGCAGCCUGCCACAUGCCAUCAGCCAACUGGAGAAUCUUGAACAGAUCCGGUCCCGCCUUUGGUCUGCCAACACUCUGCCCGUCCCCCGCAGCUGGUUGGACAACAACAAGAUCGAAGGCCCUCUGCCAACUGCCCUGUGCUCGCUGCCCUGGCUCUGGCGCUUCAUGAUGAGCAACAACUACCUGUAUGGAGCCCUGCCAGACUGCUUCUUUAGCAAGUGCAUCAGCCACAUUGAUGUGAGCGGCAACAGCCUGUACGGGCGCAUCAACCGCGACUUCGAGAACAUAGCGGCGGAUGACAGUGACCUCAUCAACUUGUCUCACAACUUCUUCUUUGGCGACGGCGCGCUCUUUGCUGCCGGCUGCAAGGUCUGCCCCACCGAGGUCAGCGAGCCCAACAGCCUGGGCAUAAGGGACACCACUGCAUGGCAGAAUUAUGGUGGCAAGUGCGGCAGCCUUGCUUCGAGUGUAUCCGUGGCAGGGGCAGGCAAGAGGGCGAGGGUGAGCCUGUCGGGCAACUGCCUGACCCUCACCCCGAGCAGCAAGUGCUCGGCUAACGCCACCCAGCGCAGCACAGCGGCUUGCCAGGCGUUCUGCAGCAUGACUGACCUUGGCCCGUGUGACGGCCAUGGGGCGUGUGUUCCGGCUGACCCCGCCUCCCCCUCCAACUUCACGUGCCUCUGUGAUGCCGGCUACUCCGCUGUCAAUUCGGCCAACGCCUCCUCCACGUGUGCCAUCGUCCACUCCACCACCACCACUGUGUCGUCUCUGUCCACGGGCGCCAUAGUGGGCAUUGUUCUGGGCAGCUUUGCUGGCUUCUCCCUGCUGGCUGCGGUGCUCGCAUGGCUGCUGUGGCCCCGCGGACCAAGUCCGCUCUCGCUGCGCCAAAGGCUGCGCCUGGCACAGGGAGCAGCAGAGGGCCUGGCGUACCUGCAUGGGUUUGAGACAGCCAUCGUUCACCGCGACAUUAAGCCAGCCAACAUCCUUGUGACUGCCGACAUGCAAGCCAAGGUGGCUGACUUUGGGCUGCUCAAGCGCCUCACUCACGGCGAUGCUGAUGCCACUCGGGUGGCCGGCACUCCGGGCUAUGUGGAUCCGGAUUACAACCGCACCAACGUCAUCACAACCAAGAGUGACGUCUUCAGCUUUGGAAUCGUGCUUCUCGAGUUGCUGAGCGGAAAGUCAGCCCGAAUUGACGCAAAAACCCAUAUAAGAAAAUGGGCAGUGAAGCUGGUGGAGGCGUAUGAGCUGGAGGAGCUGAGGGACAGCAAGAUGCCGGCGGCAAGCGAGGAGGCCAUAGUGGACUUUGCAGACCUGGCUCUGGACUGCAUCAAGUCUCCCGGCACACGGCGACCCACCAUGAAGGAUGUGGCAUACCGCCUCAACGCCCUCAUUGCCAAGCACUGCCCCGCCAAGGAGGAUGAGUGGGAGAGUAUCGUGACAGAAGAGAGUGCAAACAAUGAGGGUAUGUCUUCAAGUGAUGUUUCUGCUGCGUCAUUUGAAGACAGUGGGAGGGAGUCUGGGAAGUCUCGUGGCUCACAGUCUGGUGUGAGCGCAUUCAUGCGCGCUGGCUCGAUAGGUGAUGGCCUUAAGGGUUGGCUGCAAUUGAAGCCAGCCACUGGGCGUUGA